UGCACGCCAGCUGAAGCAAAGCACGACAGUAAUAGAGAAACUAACGGACAUUUAAUAAUGCAGCCACCCCCCAGAAAGGUGAAGGAGAGCCAGCAGGUCAAAACUGUAUUCUCAGACCAGAUCAGCAAACUUCAGACCAAACAACAUCAGGACACUGAGUUGCUUGAAGAGAUGAGGUCCUUCAAUAAACAACGAGCGGCUAUCGAGAAAGAGUAUGGUCAGGCUCUUCAGAGAUUAGCCAUCCAGUAUCAGAAGAGAGACUGGCAAAGAGGAAAUACAGAUGCUAUCACUUCUGGCAGUGUGUUUGCCGUGUGGAGGUCCAUUGUAGAUGCUACAGGUCAGACAGCAGCAUUACGGCUUGCUGCUGCGGAAGAGUAUCGCAAACUGAUUGGACAGGCCUCUAAAAGUCUUCGCAAUGCAAAGGACAUUCGAGCAAAGAGGGGUCUGGAGCAGCUCCAGAAGGUGCAGGGGGAAGUGGUGGAUGCCCUGCGGGAGUUACACAGGAUUAAAAAGAGCUACCAUCAACUCAGUCACAUUGCUAGUGUGGCCAGAGAGAAGGCUGCUGAUGCACAGGCUAGAGCAAGAAAGAGUGAACAUGGACUCUUCCACUUUAAAACAGGAUUACAUAAAAUGACAGCUAAGCUCAGUGCUAGGUUGAAGGAGUGUGACGACCGUCUGAUUGAAGUUCGCAAUGACUACCUGCUGGCGUUAGCUGCAGUCAGCGCCCAUCAACGGCAUUACUAUACGAAUGAUUUACCCAGCAUAAUGGAGCAAAUGGAUGAGGAUGUUUAUGACAACUUCCGAAGCCACUUCACUCGGCUGUGUGGGACAGAGAUGGACACAUGUUUGUCCACACACAAACACUACAGCAGGAUAUGGGACAGUGUUACUAAGGUGACCAGAGAAAGAAAUGUUCAACAGUUUCUACAGGAAUCUAUUACUUUCAGUAAAAUACCUGAAUUCACCUUCCAGUCAGCUCCACAUGACAAGGUGUGUGUCCUGCAGGAUGUCUGUCCCUCUCAAGGAGAGGGCUGUUUGGUUCGGGAGGUGAAGAAGUGGGCCUCCAAGGCAGCUAAAGACUACAAGAUAUUCACCCACGGACAGAGGGCUCUGCAGACUUUAGAGAGUCGGUUGAAGCUCUUGUCAGGGGAGACAGGGCUCAGCGUGGAGCAGAAGAUAAGUGAGGUGCAGGAGAGUGUCAGGAAAGCAAGGCUCAGCAGGGUGAAGGCAGAGGCCCGUCUGGCUCUGUUGUCAGAGAGUGUCACAGGGAUCGAACUGUGGCUUGACAGUGCAAUGAACCAGGCAGAGGAGGAGCUGGAGAGGGAGAGGAGGCUCAGUGAGCAGAGGAAGUCCACAGAGGAUUUUUCAGAGGAUGAGUUUGAGCUGACGGACUUUGAGGACUACGAGGACGAGAAUGGAGACAUCUUCGCUGAUCCAGCUUCGACACCUGGAGGGUGUGUUUACCCCACAGCCUGCAGAGUGAUCUAUAGUUUUCAGGCAAGCCAGUCAGAUGAACUAUCGGUUAUGGAGGGAGAAGAACUUCAAGUGAUCGAAGAUGGAGACAUGGAGGAUUGGUUAAAGGUGUGUAACUCUUGUGGUCAGGUGGGGUAUGUUCCUGAGCAUUAUGUGCAGUUCCUGUGUUUACCAGCAGAGGACUUCACACAGCUGGACACCUCAUUCAACUCCACCUCAUCCACAGGGAAUAUGGAGAGGGAAGGAAGCAGGGGUAUGGCCAGAGCUCUGUACUCUUAUCAGGCCCAGAGUGCAGAGGAGCUGUCUUUCCAGGAGGGAGCACUUAUCCACCUGAUUCGCUGCAAACAUGGAGAGGUGGAUGAUGGUUUUUGGGAAGGAGAGCUGAAUGGACAAAUUGGUCUUUUCCCUUCACUGGUGGUAGAACUUAUCCUCGAUAAAGGGGAGGAAGAGGAGGAAGAGCCUCUUCCAACGCCAACUAUGCCUACCUUCUCACCCCCCAUCCCAGUCCCCUCCAGUCCUGAGUGUACUGUAGCAGCUGAUGGGACGCCCCCUAUCUGUGUGGAAGACAAAGAGCAGGUCCUUUUACCUGAGCUCCAGAGGCUACAGGACAACAGAAUGAACACUGGAGGCAGCCCCCACAAUUCUCCUGAUCUGUACAGCAGUCGACUGAGGCCAUGUCGAGCACCUCCUCCUCCUCCAACACAGAAGUCUUCACCUCAUCCUUGAGACAAAGAAGACAUAAUGGCCCACUUAUGUAUUUAACAUAAAAUCUCAUCUUGUACUGAAGUAAUGAGAGCAAGGCUUCUGCGGGUCUCUGGGGUGAAAACAACUCCGGUUCAACAGGUAAUAAAUAAAUCAAGUACAGUGGAACCUUGCGGUAUGUGUUUAAUUCAUUCCAUGACCAUGCUCGUUUUGUGAUUUACUCAUUUUAUCCUAUUCAAAUGAACUGAAAUAUACUUAAUCCAAUCCAGCACCCCAAAACCUCCCAAAAUCCUUUUUAAUGGUUUCUAAAAUGGAAAACUGCACAAGACAAUAACCUUAUUUAAAAAAAAAAUUAAGAUGGGACGAUCUCUGUACAAAGAAGACGGUGGAUGAAAAACAGAAAACAACCUGUAUUUCAUUUUUCAUUUCAAAAUCAGUAAACGGAAAAUUACUUGUACCCUGUUGUCCUUCAUAAAAUUGAAAAAACUAAAAACAGGAAAGGGCUCAUUAACAAUCCAUGUAUGGUUCAUUCAUUGGUUAUUUCGUUUCAAAAUAAAAUCAGAAAAACUACAUUUCUGGCUCAUUUAAAAAAAAAAAAAAUUUCUUUUUAAACAAAAUCGGAAAAACUUUACACUUAAAAUGAAUCGGACCAUUUUUUAGUUAUACAGUGAAAGAAAAACUGAAAAAACUGGACCUGUCUGUAACAGGCAAAGAUUCGUUUUAGUGAUAAAUUCCAAAACAUAAUUUGUGUAGUGAUUAGCUUUACAGAUGUAAUUUCAUGUUACUGCACAUACCUGAUAAAUGGAAGCGAUAACUGCCGCUGAAUGGUUUCGACGUCUAAGGCUGUGGCGUGAGCAGAACCUCCAUACUGUCAUUGAAGACCACCGUGUUGCUCCCUGGUGAUGUAAAGUGUCACUGAUUUCUUCUUGGGUUGCCCUACUUGUAAACAGCUCCAUAAUGAAAUCUGCAAAAGGCUCGAGUGCAGCCAUUGUAGAUAAAACCAGAGAUACUUUAAGGGACUUUGAUAAAACUCAUCACGGCGCACUACCACUUCACACUUUCUAUGUCACAAUAAUAAUAAAACCUAAAUAAUAACUUCAGAUUUUUGUUUUGCAUAUAAAACAGUCAGAGCAAAAUUACACACAGGUAUGUUAAAAAAUUAGAUAAUAAAUUUUUUCUACCCAAGUUUAGAAAAGGAAAAAACAAAAAUAAAACUAAGAAUUUGGUUUAUCUGAUUUUAUUUUGAAAUGGCAUAACGAAUGAAUGAACCAUACACGGAUUCACCUGAAGUCAGUCAAAGAGCUGUUUCCCGUGUUUUGUUUUUUCAAUUGUAAGAACAACAAUAGGAUACAAGUGCUUUUCCAUUUUAAAAUGAAAAAAGAAACACAAAUCAUUUUCUGUCCUUCAUUUUAUAAUUUCAAAAUGGAAAUUGAAUGGCCACGACAUACACGGACCAUUAUUCUCUGGAAGGAGAAUCUCCUCCAGUAAAACGUCCGGUGGUAGAAUUUCUGGCGUUUUUCCUCUCUUGACCGAAUUUGUUUUUUCAGGCCUCUCGUUCAUCACUGUCCGCAGUUGCAGGUGGUUUCAUUAAAAACCUAUCCAGAGAAAUCUGCUUUGUUCUGCUUUUUAAAAUGUUCCGAAAAUGCGCCAGGCCAUUGUCAUUAAAUAAAGCAGCUGCACAACCUGAA